AAACAAAUCUUGAUCCCUUCUCAAAUUCCAAAAAAUCACCAUUUUUAAUGUAAAUCCAACAGAACAUCAUAUUUCUAUCACACCCCACCACACUCACAUGAUUAUUUAUCGAUAAGGACAGCACCAUUUACUUUUUAUAAAUAUAAUUCAUAUAUAUAACCAAUAGUAGCAACAAAAAUUGUAUUUUUCACAUCAUUUUUCAUGAAGUAGCCUUUUCCCGUUAUUUGCCCCCCCGUAAGAAUGCCGGAGCCGGCGGGCUUUCAGGGCUUAGGAUCGGGUUUAAGGGCCCGCGAUAUGAGCCCGGAUUCCGGGAUUUUCACCGCCGAGUCUUCCAACUUCAGCCUCUUCUCGUCAGCUUCAGCUAGUGUCGACAGAUGCUCUUUUGCAUCUGAUUUGCCUGAUCAAGAUUCUGCUGCCUCCCAUUUGGCAGGACAUGAAUUGUCUGAGGUAUUGAGUGGCCCAGAUCCGAAUCCGAACAAACCCACUCUAGUACAGAUGAAUAGUCUCAGCAAAAAAGUAAAAACCAAAGUUCAAAAAGUAGAGAGCAGUGAGGCCGAGACCACGGAAGAUGAGAGUACAGCCAUAGUCUCCUCCGCAAGAAGUUCGUUCUCUCAAGCCCUUAAAGAAUGUCAAGACCGAAAAUUAAGAUCCGAGGCACUCAUGAAAAAAAAAUCCAACCAACAGAGACCCGUUUCUAUUGACCUCAACAUCCCCGUAAAUAAUCUCGUAAAUUCCUCUUCGCCAAUACUCGGAACUAUGAAGAAACAUCCCAACAACUGGCAAACGAAAGUCGGGAUUCAAAAGGGCUGGAGUUCAGAACGUGUCCCUCUGCACUCGAACCUCAACAGGAGAAACUUAAAUGCUCCAUUGUUGUCCUAUUAUAACAAUGGAAGAACUCUGCCUUCAAAAUGGGAAGAUGCCGAGAGGUGGAUUUUCAGUCCUGUGCCAGGUUUGGUCCAGCAGGCCCAAAAUAAGCCCAAAUCGAAGAGCGGGCCACUCGGGCCCCCGGGAUUGGCCUAUUACCAGAUGUUUACUCCUGUGGGACCCACGAUCGAGAUUGGGGGGAGGGAAAAAAGGAAGCUAGCUGAGAGCUCGCCGUUUUUCUUGGGAAACGAGCCUUGCAUGGCACGGUCUAUCAGCAUAAACGGAUGUUCUGAGUUGGUGGAAAAGUCGUCUUUUGUGGUACACCACCCGGAUGAGAUAAAUGGCGUGACCCAAGAGGAUGAUUCGUUCAACAACAUAUCUCGUGUUGUUUCUAGAAGGGAUAUGGCUACUCAAAUGAGUCCGGAUAAUAGCAGCAUACAGUCCUCUCAAAGACAUUCGUCUUCUUAUUCUGAGGCUACACUGCCAGUUGUUGAGUCACGUCUUAAUCCCAAAAUACGGGAUGUUUCAGUUGACGAGCGUGUGACAAUGACUAGGUGGUCCAAAAAGAAUAAAGGGAUUUUGCAGAAUUCGAGAAGGAGAAGUAGAAAUAGUGAUGACUGCAAAAGGAAGGCUGUUAAUUUUGAGUCGGGUGGUUGUGAAGCUAUGAGGGAGGCAUCCAAGAGUAUUUCGAAGAUUGUAAGGGAGGAAGCAAAAAUCACAGCCUGGGAAAACCUGCAGAAAGCGAAAGCCGAAACUGCAAUAAGAAAACUCGAGAUGAAACUGGAAAAGAAGAGGUCAUCAUCCAUGGAUAAAAUAAUGAACAAACUGAGAUCUGCCCAAAAAAAGGCCCAGGAAAUGAGAGGCUCCAUGCUCGGAAAUCAAACUGACAGAGCAUUAUUCUUCCAGAAGACUCGGCCGAUUCGUUCAUUGAGUGGAUGCUUUACUUGUCAUGCGUUUUAAUGCAUCAUGGAUAUUUUCUAGGCAUGCGAGUGAGAAAAGUGAUGACAUUAGAACUGCUUAUGGACAACGAGGAAUGAAGUAAAUUGGGCUUAGAGUUUUUUCCGAAAGUUUUUAGUGCAUGAAAAAAGUUCCUGAGUGCUUGGCAUGGUGAGUAGAGGUUUGGGGUAUUGUUUGUUUGUAAGUAUGUAUUUGAAUAUGAAACCUGUUGCAAUCUGGGAAAUGGAUUCAUCUUGUUCAUAAUAUUAGUACGUAUCCCGUGCGAUGCACGGGACAGAGGUAUUAAAUGAGUUAUUUUCAUACCCUUGUCCGUUUAAG